ACCACAGCUGCUCCAACAACAACCACAGAAGCAACGACAGCCACAGCUGCCCCAACAACAACCACAGAAGCAGCAACGACAACGACAGUUGCCCCAACCACAUCCACAGCUGAAGCAACGACAACCACAGCUGCCCCAACAACAACCACAGAAGCAGCAACGACAACCACAGCUGCCCCAACAACAACAACAGAAGCAGGAACGACAACCACAGCUGCAGCAACAACAACCACAGCUGCUCCAACAACAACCACAGAAGAAGCAACGACAACCACAGCUGCCCCAAUAACAACUACAGAAGCAGCAACGACAACUACAGCUGCAGCAACGACAACCACAGCUGCACCAACAACAACCACAGAAGCAGCAACGACAACCACAGCUGCUGCAACCACAACCACAGCUGCCCCAACAACAACCACAGAAGCAGCAACGACAACCACAACUGCCCCAACAACAACCACGGAAGCAGCAACGACAACCACAGCUGCAGCAACGACAACCACAGCUGCCCCAACAACAACCACAGAAGCAGUAACGGCAACCACAGCUGCUCCAACAACAACCACAGAAGAAGCAACGACAACCACAGCUGCAGCAACGACAACCACAGCUGCACCAACAACAACCACAGAAGCAGCAACGACAACCACAUCUGCCCCAACAACAACCACAGAAGCAGCAACGACAACCACAUCUGCCCCAACAACAACCACAGAAACAGCAACGACAACCACAGCUGCCCCAACAACCACAGAAGCAGCAACGACAACCACAGCUGCUCCAACAACCACAGAAGAAGCAGUGACAACCACAGCUGCCACAACAACAUCCACAGCUGAAGCAACGACAACCACUGUUGCCCCAACAACCACAGAAGCAGCAACAACAACCACAGCUGCUCCAACAACAACCACAGAAGCAGCAACGACAACCACAGCUCAACCACAGAAGCAGCAACGACAACCACAGCUGCCACAACAACAUCCACAGCUGCAACAACCACAGAAGCAGCAACGACAACCACAGCUGCAGCAACGACAACCACAGCUGCCC